AUUGCCACUCCACUGUGCGCGCGUAGGCAUUCUAGCCAGCGUAGAGUAGUGGUUAGAGCGACCAGUAGCAGCAGCCCAGUUAAUACUCACGCUAGGUAAAGAUACUGGAUGUAUCCCACGAUCGACUAAUCCUUGUGCUUUCUCAUCGAUAUAUAUAUUGGCCCAAACACUAAUCUUAUCCCUUCCUUCUCGAACGGUUUCUCCACUUGCAUACGCGCACCCCGGCCGGGCCGAGCUCCUUUUCGCGAGAGGAAGCAGCUGGCCACUUAACUUGCUCUCGUGCUCACCUAGCUAGCUGCCUAGCUAACACCCAGCUGCCCUAGCCCCUAGCUAGCUAGCAACCUAUGCGAAUUGGGGAGGAGGCAUGAGCAGUAGACACGAGGGCGGCGGCCAUGGCGCCGCGGCGGCGGCGGCGGGAGGAGCUGGCGUGGGGAGUAUCAAGGAGGGCGGCGGCCGGGACGCGCACGAGGACGACCUGGUCAUGCCGGGGUUCCGGUUCCACCCGACGGAGGAGGAGCUCAUCGAGUUCUACCUCCGCCGCAAGGUGGAGGGCAAGCGCUUCAAUGUCGAGCUCAUCACCUUCCUCGACCUCUACCGCUACGACCCCUGGGAGCUCCCAGCGCUGGCGGCGAUUGGGGAGAAGGAGUGGUUCUUCUACGUGCCGAGGGACCGCAAGUACCGGAACGGGGACAGGCCCAACCGGGUGACGGCGUCGGGGUACUGGAAGGCGACGGGGGCGGACAGGAUGAUCCGGGCGGAGAACAACCGCUCCAUCGGGCUCAAGAAGACGCUCGUCUUCUACUCCGGCAAGGCGCCCAAGGGCGUCCGCAGCAGCUGGAUCAUGAACGAGUACCGCCUCCCCACCGCCGACACCGACCGAUACCACAAGACAGAAAUCUCUCUCUGCCGCGUCUACAAGCGCACCGGCAUCGACGACGGCCGUGGCCACCCCUCCUCGGCGCGGUCGACGAUGCCCUCCCGCCGCGGCGCUGAGGCACGACAGGACAACAGACAAGGGUCAUCGUCGACGUCCACGCCCACGCCGCCGCCGACUCCAUCCAAGCUCCAACUUCUACAAGCAGGCGAGUGCACGUCGCCGCCGGCGCCCAUGACCGAUCACGCCCAAACGCACAGGCCGGCGGCUCCAAGGCAGCAGCUAGCAGCCGCCGUCAAGCCCUCAGGUGGCUCAUUAGGAUACCUACAGUCAACCGCGGCGGCCGGCGAACAUCAUCAGCAGGAGGGAGCCGCGGCUUUGCUUUACCAGCAGUACUCCAAGAGCACAAACACCUUCGCUUCCACGUACUCGCUGCUCAACCUGGUGAACGCGGCCUCCAUGGGCGUCGCCUCCGCCGCGGCCAUCGACGAGCUGAGCACGCUGGUGGGCCACGGCGCCACCCAGCUGCCGUCCUACCACAGCCCCGCGUCGUCCGGCGGCCACCACGACCACUUCGUCGUUCCCCUGCCGGCGCCGCCGUCGCAGCCAAUUACGCCGCUGGGGACGCUGCCGAUGUCGCUGGCCGCCAUCUCCGACAAGAUCUGGGACUGGAACCCGAUCCCCGACGCGGCGGCGGGCAGAGAUUACGGUGGCGCCGGCUUCAAGUGACGGAUCAAGGGAAGCGCGUGCGCGGCAACAGUGCAUGCACCCGUGCAUGGCUAGCUGUGCAAUUGGUACCACUCCACCUCUUGUACACCUCUCUCUCUCUCUCUCUCUCUCUCUCUCUCUCUCUCUCUCUCUCUCUCUCUCUCUCUCUCUCCACAGUUAUUAUUCUUCCGAGUAAACGAACAAUUAGACCAUUAUAGCAUUCUUGGCCAGUCCAUAUAUAGAUCACCCCAUCUUCUCAGGUAUCAUCAAGAAUUCAGGAUAGAUAAUUUGUAAUUCCUGAUGAGUUCCAUAUAAUAACCUCGUCGAUUUGACAAGAUACACAUGCAUGUGUUACUGACAAUGUAGGACCUGGAUGGGCGCAUGUACUUGCAUGUGUCUAGUGAAAAGUGCCUCGUUUUUAA